GGUCUUUGUUCCUCGUGUAUACAGUUCAAAACAGUUGCUGGUUGAAAAUGCACGCAUUGAAAGUUAUUUUGGUUCUGGGACUGGCCCUGGCCGUUGCUUAUGGAGGAAUUCCCGGAGGCGUUAAUCCGCUAGAGGGUGAACGUUUGGAGGAGGCGAAGGAGACUCUCCGCAGCUCACUGGCGAAAUUGGCUUCAGGGGACGGACCAAGUUACCAGGUUGUGAAAGUGAAAUCGGCGACUACCCAAGUGGUGGCAGGCACCCUCCAAAAAUUCGAGGUGGAGCUUUCCAACGGAUCAGACAAUAAGGAUUGCAUCGUCAGCAUUUGGUCCCAGCCCUGGCUGAAGGAGAAUGGAACCCAGCUUACUAUUGAAUGCGAAAACGAAGGCAAAAUUGAGAAAAUUUGGUAGAAGUGGUCGACUUUCGAUCGCAACACGUCGACUAAAUCAUUAUAUAAACAAGAGCUUAGACUCGACAACUUGUGCAAGUUAAUGUGUGUGGAGCGAUUAUUCUCCCACUCUCAUUUGGUUAAACGGGUUACCGAGUAACGUAAUGAUUUGACUAAUAAACCUCUUUUAUUUCUCGUCAUAUAA